UCCAAAAAAAAAAAGAAUGUUUCGUUCCGUUUGCUGAUCCUCCUCCUCACCACCACCGCCACUGCCAUGAUCUUCGCCGGACUAAACCCUAGCAAAACCCUCGUCUAGCCAUGAAUCCCCUCGGCCGCGCCGGGACCCGGGCGCGCUGGCCGGAGCUGGAGCCGCCGCCGCUCCCGGCGGCUGUUGGCGCGGAGCUGGAGCGGCUGGAGGCGAGGCUGGGCCAGCUCGCCUGCGCGGAGUCGCGGCACCACCUCGCGGAGCUCGGCGAGGCGGCGGCGGCGCGGGUGCUCCGCACGAUCGGGGAGGCGCGGCGGGUGCGGACGCUCUCCGGGUUCAUCAACCACAUGGCCAGCCAGGAGCGGAUGGCGCGCAACGCGCGGCGGGGCGUCCCCACCGCCCACAGCGCCGCAUGCAUCUCCGGCCCCUCCCGGGAAGAGGAAUCUGUGUCCGCGGAAGUGUACUGCAAUGAGGAUCAAAUGGAUGUUCAAAGCCCCAACGAUGAAAUAGCUUCUGGUCUUGCAAACCAUGCCAUGGUGGACGCUGAGAAUGUGGCUGGCCAUUCAGGAAAUUCACCAAGUCCCAUUCGGGCGGUGCCGCAAGGUCCUACAGCGAUCUGUCAUGAUGUGGCCAAUGCGUUGAGGGAGGCACCGAGUCCUCAGAUGCUAGCGCUGGAAGAGUUAGAGUUCAGCAAAAUAUUUAUGAUUUUUGCUUAUCUUUCUUGUGAGAAGAUAGAAGAUGUCCUGUCUGUGGACUAUAUUAGAUCCUUGAAAUCCCUGUCCAUGCCUCAUUUUGAGUCACAAAUCUGGAGCACAUUUGGUCACAAGCAUAUAUCAUCUUCAGAUAGAGCAAAGAACCUUUAUUCUGAUCCAGGUAUGACAAAAGUCUACCAUUGUAAUGUUCAAAUAAGAGGUGAUACAGUAAUCAAAAUUUUCAAGGGACCAUAUGUUGAGAAUACGAGGACUCAUCUUCAGAAAGUUAUUGGUGAUGAUAAUGUCCUUGUGGUAAACUUUAUGGAGAAACCUUCAGACAUCAAGACUGAUUUCUUGACCUAUUGUGCACACUACCAUAAGGUUGCUGAAGACGGUAUUGUUUUGGGUUUGCGCCACUAUCGAUUUUUCCUUUACAAGGAUGGAGGAAAAGAUAGUAAAAUGAAAGAAGAGAAAAGAAAGGAGAAAAACAAGAAAUGUACUUCAUCUGUCAGAUGCUACUUUGUUCGCACUGAGUCUAGAUGGAACAUGGAUGAACCUUACAUACUCUCUGGCAAAACGAUUGGUCAGGCCCGUGGUCUAUUCAUGCACAUUCAUACUGCUCUCACCUUGCCGAAAUAUAUGUCCAGGUUUGCUUUGAUAGUCUCCAAAACUAUCACAUUGGAUGUUGAUUUAUCAGCAGUUCGUGUCGAACUCAUUGAUGAUGAACCUUGUUUGGAUGAACAUCGCAAUUUUGUUUUUAGAGAUGGGGAGCCCUUGAUCCAUACUGAUGGGACUGGUCUUAUAUCUCAAGAUUUGGCUCUGAAAUGCAUGUCUAGUAUCUUCAAGGGAAAAUUGUUGAAGCCACAGGUAUCUAAGGGGAAACUAUUGAAGCAACAGGACAUCGUGGAUUGUGAUGAAAGCAAAUUGAUGGGGUAUAACAGCACUACUGAAUAUCCUCUUCUUAUUCAGCUCCGCCUGUUCUAUAAUGGAUCUGCUGUCAAGGGAACAGUCCUUGUUGACAAGCGGCUUUCUCCUGGAACUAUACUUAUCCGACCAUCAAUGGUAAAAAUAAAAACUGAUCCCAAAUUAUCUAGUAUCCAUUCUGUCAACUCAUUCGAAAUAGUCUCUGCACGAAAUGCCAAGAAAAGUCUAUCUGAUGUUCAGUUCGUGAAUUCUUUUGAAAUAGUCUCUACAAGCAAUCGACCAAGAAGGACAUCAACAUCAAGGAUAUUGAUCGCAUUACUUCACUAUGGAGGAGUUCCAGAAGAAUUCUUUAUGGAGCUUCUGCAAAAUGCAAUCGAAGAUGCUGAGAAUGCUCGUUUUGAUUAUGGAGACGCACUGAACAUUGCAUUCAGCUAUGCUGACAUGGAAGAUUCAAUGUCAGCACGGAUGAUUCUUGCUGGAAUCCCUCUAGAUGAGCUGUACUUGCAAUCUAGGCUGACUUUCAUGGCCAAACAAGAAAGAAAAGGAAUCAAGGAAGGAAAGAUACCUAUUGAUAACUGCUAUUAUUUGAUGGGUACUGCAGAUCCUACAGGAAUACUUGCACCUAAUGAAGUCUGCGUGAUACUUGACAACGGCCAACUUUCCGGGGAUGUUCUGGUAUACAAACAUCCUGGUUUACAUUUUGGUGAUAUACAUGUCUUGAAAGCAACAUAUAUUCCUGGUCUAGAGGAGGUUGUGGGAUGUUCUAAAUAUGUGAUACUCUUUCCCACUACUGGACAGCGGUCUUUGGCUGAUGAGAUGGCUAAUAGUGAUUUUGAUGGUGACAUAUUUUGGAUCUCGAUAAACCCAAAGUUAUUAGAGCAUUUUAAGCCUUCUAAAGCAUGGGAAUGGGAACAAGCUAUUACACCAAAAGAGGCCAAGCAAAUGGGACCUCAGGAUUUUAAUGAAUCUGAACUUGAAAGGCUGCUAUUUCAUGAGUUCUUAAAAGCAAGAUUUGCACCCAGUUAUGCGCUUGCUACGGCGUCUAAUAACUGGCUAGUAUAUAUGGAUCGGCUAUUAACUGAUCCAGUUGACGAAAGUGAAAAGGAACUAAUAAAGGAAAAGAUGCUCAAGUUAGUUGACCUUUAUUAUGUCGCUUUGGAUGCUCCAAAAUCUGGGAAAAAGGUCAAUAUCCCAAGUGAUCUGAUGGUAAAACAAUACCCACACUUCAUGGGUCGCUCUUCUUCGUAUCAUUCAUCCUCCAUACUUGGAAAACUCUAUGAUAAAGCAGAUGAUGCAAAUUUGCUGCGAUUUGAUAAUGUUCAACCAAUUGGGAUAUCAUUGCUCCCAUGCUUCACGGAGAGAGUUGCACCUCCCACAAUCAAGAACCUCUGGCAGCGCCGCUACAAUGAGUACUUGAGUGAUAGUAGUAAACUGCUCAAUGACAAAGCGGUGGAUAAAGAAGAAAAGAACAUGAAAUUCGAAGAACUCUACAAAAAGUACAAGCAUAUGCUCUACGAUGCAUCUGAAUUUGAGGAGACCCCAAGAAACUUCGGCGACGUGUUCACCGACGCCUGUGCAAUCUACCAGAUCGUCUAUGAGAAAGCGCGGCGUGAGAAUGCCGCCGCCAGAUGUUGCUUCGCCUGGAACGUCGCCGGCCGUGCACUUUGCCAUUACUACGCCCUCAAGAAUGAGGGCGAUACUGUGGUUUGCUCGCUUCCACUUCUCCGCAGUUAUAAAUUUAGCAAGAAGUAUCGCAAGUAGGACAUAGUUACGGACAGUUAAUUUAGCUACUUGUAUGAAGUUGGCAUAUGGUAUUUUGGGGAAACAUGUCAAAGGUACUCAAGAGAACUAUAUUGGCAGUGUCUAGAUGACUAGAUGCAUGCUGAUUCUAGGGAGAAUAGGUGCUCCGUUGUGCUAACCAUCUUCAAUAUUUAUCCAGAUAAUCAUCUGCAAGUGCAGUGUGUACAAAGGUCAAAGAACACAUCUAUGCGGAUUCCAUGCGAGAUUAGUUCUCUAGAAAAUUCAUGGCAGCAUGUCCGUUGUGAGUUUUGCUGUACUAAAAAUCAUGUUUUGGAACACAUGAUUAACAGUGGUUCCAACACAAAACCAGGUUUAAUUAGUUCCUGCCAGAUUGCGCGAAU